AUGGUCAUGACCUUCGUGUAUUUCCUGAGCCCGCUUCCCACCUGCAUCAACGUCCACAAGAGCAAGGACGUCCAGGAGUUCUCUUUGUUUCCGUACGCGGUUGGCGUGGUAAACUGCAGCCUCUGGGUCUACUGGGCCGUCGUCACGAUGCAGGUCUCGUCGGACAAUCUUACACCAAACCUGCUGAUCAACGGCAUCGGCUUGUUCCAGUUUGUGGCUUACGUGUCCAUCUUCAUGGUGCACGCAAAGUCUCGUGCACGCGAGUUUCUACGGCUUAUCAUCACGUUGCUCCUCUUCGAGCUCGUCUUGAUUCUUUCUUUCGAGGGAGUUGUUCCUCGGUUUGGUGAUGGAAAGUUGAAGAGCCGUGUGAGUGGGCUCGUGACGGACGUCCUCAAUAUUUUGCUUUAUGGGUCGCCGCUGAUCGUGAUGCGCAAGGUGAUCCGGACAAAAUCCGUGAAGUACAUGCCGCUGCCCAUGUCGGUCCUCACCCUGGUGAUCUGCGUUCUGUGGAGUGCCCAGGCUAUCUUCAUCAGCAACAUGACUGUCCUAGUCCCGAAUGCUGUGGGCACCCUACUCGGUGUGGCGCAGCUCAUCCUCUAUGCCCGGUACUGCCGAUCCACCAGCAGCUGCGAAAGCGAGGACCCGCGUUCCACGAUGCUCCAGUCCGCUGUCUGA